GUGUCAACACAAAUGUAUACACGUGCGUCUAGAGGAACAAGCAUGUGUGUCGUUAGACCUUUAGUUAUACUUCACUUCACACUUAUGAGGAAUUAGAGUGACCAUACAUUAUAAAAUCAGUUCAAGGAAUCUCGAGCAGAAUGAAGUUCGCUUAUAAGUUUUCAAAUCUGCUUGGAGCCGUCUAUCGUCAGGGGAACCUAAAUUUCUCUAAGGAUGGCAAUUCUGUUAUCAGUCCAGUUGGAAACAGAAUCUCCUUCUUUGACCUCAAAAACAACACAUCUGAGACUUUACCAGUCUCCACUACAAAGAACAUUACAAGUGUGGGGAUCUCGCCGAAUGGGAACUUGGCAAUUGUGGUGGAUGAAGAUGGCGCAGCAUUGCUGGUUAGUCUCGUCACACGUACCAUCCUUCAUCAUUUUCACUUUCACAAACCUGUCAACAGCAUCCAGUUCUCACCUGACGGCAGGAAGUUUGUCAUCACUAAGGAAAAUGUUGCGUUGCUAUACCAUGCUCCUGGCAAGCAGCGGGAAUUUAACGCCUUUGUGUUAGACAAAAGUUACUAUGGUCCCUAUGAUGAAACAACCUGCAUUGACUGGACUGACGACUCCAAGUGUUUUGUGGUGGGCAGCAAGGACAUGUCCACGUGGGUUUUUGGUGCAGAGCGUUGGACAAACCUCAUCUAUUACUCGCUGGGCGGACACAAGGAUGUCAUCGUGGGAUGUUUCUUCGAGAAAGACAGUCUGGAUCUGUACACAGUAAGCCAGGAUGGGACUCUGUGUGUCUGGGAAAGUGACACCGAGCUGGACUCCCUCGUUUUGAAAAAUAAACUCGACAACCCCGAGGUGCCAAGAGAGGGUGAGGAUCAGGAGGAGGAGGAAGAGGUGGAGACCCAAGAGGGACAGGUCAUCAGAGGAAAAGCUCAAAAGUCCAAAAAUGAGGAGAAAACUAAGAAUGUUCGAUACAAACACAUGAGCAAGCAUUUCUUCAACAAGGAGCGCGACUUUAACAACCUGACAGCGACUGCCUACCACAAGCCCACUCACAUCCUGGUCACAGGUUUUGCCACUGGAAUCUUCCACCUGCAUGAACUUCCAGAGUUUAACCUCAUCCAUUCGCUCAGUAUAUCAGACCAGAAAAUUGCUUCAGUGGCUCUAAACAGCUCUGGCGACUGGAUUGCCUUUGGCUGCUCUGGGAUGGGUCAGCUUUUGGUGUGGGAGUGGCAGAGCGAAUCAUACGUCUUCAAACAGCAGGGACACUUUAACAACUUGGCGUCGCUGGCUUACUCGCCAGAUGGACAGUAUAUCGCCACAGGAGGAGAUGAUGGCAAAGUCAAAGUUUGGAACACCAACAGCUGCCUUUGCUUCGUCACCUUCACAGAGCACACCAGCAGUGUCUCCAGUGUCGCCUUCACCUCCAGUGGCUUUGUUGUGGUGAGCGCCUCUCUGGAUGGGACGGUUAGAGCGUUUGACCUGCACAGGUACCGAAACUUUCGCACGUUCACUUCGCCUCGGCCUGCGCAGUUCUCUUCCCUUGCAGUAGAUAUCAGUGGGGAGCUGGUGAGCGCGGGGGCUCAGGAUUCAUUUGAGAUCUUUCUGUGGUCCAUGCAGACUGGAAGACUGCUGGAGGUUUUAGGUGGCCACGAGGGUCCUGUUAGCUGCUUGUGUUUCAGUCCAGUUCAGUCAAUCCUAGCCAGUUCCUCGUGGGAUCGGACCAUCCGUUUGUGGGACAUGAUGGACAGCUGGCAAGUGAAGGAGACUCUUCACCUUACCGCUGAUGCUUUGUCAGUAGCUUACCGCCCUGAUGGUCAAGAGUUGGCAGUGGCCACGCUGAAUGGCGAAAUCUCCUUUUGGAACCCCAACACGGCUGCGCAGGUCGGCUCAGUGGCAGGGCGUCAUGACCUGGAGAUGGGACGCAAGGAGACAGAUAAAGUCACUGCCAAGCAGAUGUCCAAGGCCAAGUGCUUCACAUCAGUGUGUUACUCUGCUGACGGAGAGUCCAUUCUGACUGGCGGCCAGUCCAAGUUUGUCUGCAUCUACAACAUCAAAGAACAGAUGCUCUUGAAGAAGUUUGAGAUCUCAUGCAACUUGUCCUUUGAUGCCAUGGAGGAGUUCCUAGACCGGCGUAAGAUGACAGAGUUUGGCAGCCUUGCUCUGGUGGACGAGGGAGCUGGUGACAAAGACGGGGUCAACAUUAGUCUCCCUGGGGUGAGAAGAGGUGAUAUGAGUUCCCGACACUUUAAACCAGAGAUCCGAGUCAGCUUGUUGCGGUUCUCUCCAACUGGUCGCAGCUGGGCAGCCACAACCACCGAGGGCCUACUUAUCUACUCCCUCGAUGGAUCUUUGGUCUUUGACCCCUAUGACCUUGAUCUAGACGUAACGCCCGCUAGCAUACGCACACAGCUGCGGUUGCAGGAGUGGGCGGCAGCCAUCGUUUUGGCGUUCCGUCUCAAUGAAAAAGCCCUCAAACAGGAGGUGCUGGAGACAGUGCCGCAUGAGCAGAUUCCAGUUGUUUGUGGCACACUCCCAGACAUUUAUGUUGAGAAGUUGCUGGGUUUCGUGGCAGCAUGCUUGGACAAGUCGGGUCACUUGCAGUUCUACAUGACUUGGGCUCAGAGCCUGCUCAUGCUGCAUGGACAGAAACUCAAGAACAGGUCAGGAGCCAUACUGCCCACACUACAAGCUUUGCAGAAGAGCAUCCAGAGACACUGGGACAACCUGGCCAAACUCUGUGACUUCAACAUGUACAACAUUCGCUAUGCUGUGGCCCUGUCCAAGCAGAGGGGCGUGAAGAGGGUAUCGGAGCAGGAGGAGCACAGCAAGGAGGAUGAUGACGAUGCUGAUGAUGAUGAACAGUCUGAAGAUAUGAGCCAGGCCUCCUUGGAUAUUGAAGAGAUGAUAUUGUAGGCUUUGUAUCAAUGCCACAAUUGUAAAAGUUUUUUUUUUUAUA